UUACCAGAUCAUGUCACAAUGCUACAUGGUACAAAAAGCAAGAAACAACAUACAGAGAAGAAACGGCGUAAAACGAAAUCAACAAUCAUGACUAGACGAGAAUAUGCCAGUCUGGGUUUAUUUACAUUACCAACACGUCAAUUAAAAUACAAGGAAUUCUUACCACUACACCAACUGUGGAAAGGAUAUGCACAAGAACAUCUUGGUUUGAACGAAGGUGAUACAAUUCCUCAAUUGCACGAACCCACAUAUGAUGCUUUUAGUAAAUUACUAGUGAAAAUGGAUUUGCAUGGUGCAAACAUACGUGUGAUCGAGUCAAAAUCUUCAACUUUACUGGGUUUAGCAGGAAUUAUUGUGUUGGAAACUAAAAAUGUGUUAAAAGUUCUAGGCGAAGAUGAUCAUUUACGUACAAUACCAAAAAGUGAAUGCAAUUUCGGCAUGCGUUUAGGAAAUAUUGAGUUCACUAUAUUUGGCAAACAUUUAACUAUAAGACCUGCUGAACGUUCGGUUAAAAAGAUUAAAACACUAGUAGAACCUUUAAAAUUGUAAUUGUUAAUUAUUGGAAAAAAAAAAUAAAGAA